AUGCACUAUGACUUCUUCUUGACAAACAUAAAGAAUCUUACCGAAAUAAAGAUGUAUGAUUUAACAGAAUAUGAAGGCUUAACGAUGUCAGAUGUAAAGAAAGGCAAACCAAAAAAGAGACCCUAUAGAGAUGAAAGCACACUGACAAAUGACCAGAAAGCCAUUUUGGAAGCUCUUAAGCAAACAGGAAACCCAGCACUUAUAGAAAGCUUUUGGAAAGAUAAUGGUGAUAAGAAGUUUUAUAAGAAGAGAAGCGGUCAGUUCUGGAAGUAUCUUUGCACAUUACCUAUAAAUCUUGAACGCUACCAAAUCUUCAAUGAACUGAACAAAAGAACUGCAACACUUAUGACAGAAGACAAUUGUUUCGUUUAUGCUUGCAUUCAGGCUGGAGUAGAUGAAGAAACUAUUGACCACAUGAGAGAAGUCAUUCGUGUUAGAGACUUUCCUCAAAGUAAAGUACAAGAAAUUUCUGACGCAACAGGUAUAGCAUUUAAUGUUACCAUUGGUUAUUUCAAUGACUCAAGACAUAAUGAAAUAAAGAGAUACAUACCAAAAGAAUGUAAAACUGUUAGAACUAUUGACUUACUUCUUGUUGAAGACCACUACAUGCUAAAUGAAAGAUUACCAAUGACAACAUAUUUCAUUCGCAACUAUAUAGAAAUUCGCAAAGCUUGUGGUGGAAUGAACAUUGAGAAACAGAUGAAGAUUUAUACAAAGAGAGAAGAUAAAUAUGUAGUUCGUUAUGAUAGAACAACACCGUUAUGGGAUGUUAUGAAAACAUUGUGGGAGUGCAAAUAUUUCGAACCUAUUUCUUAUGGAGAACUUUUCACAUAUACUACUGACUUAUAUAAACAGAACCUUGCACCAUUUAAAGACUUGUCAUAUGCUCCAAAGUAUUGUGUACAACUGAAGAAGAAAGCAGAGUCAAAAGAAGUAAAUAAAAAUAAGUGCAAGUUCAUUCCUGAGCACGUUUUCUUUGCUGACUUUGAGUGUAGCACAGACGGCUUUCAUAAAGCUUUUAACAUCUGUUAUGACAGUGAAGAUGGUUCAGUGAGUGAAAGCAUUUGGGGUCAGAACUGUGCAACAGAAUUUUUGGAACGACUUCCUGACAAGAGUUUAAUAUAUUUUCAUAACCUCAGUUAUGAUAUAAACUUCAUCUUAAGACACAUGACAGAAGUGAAAGGAACUCCCAUCAUUAAAG